AAGCGCAUCAUUCGAUGUGAGAAUUUCUCCCGCUGUUGAAUUGCAUCGAGAAGAGAGAGCUCGACGGGCACCAGCGCCAACCACCAACCACCAACCACCAUAACCGUAACCGUAACCGUAACCGUCGCUACCGCCUGUCGGUACCGCUGCCGCUGACCACUGCUACCCAUACGGGCCCGUCUCCCGCUGCGAGAGGCUUCUUCUUCUGCCUGGCCGAAGCACCGCCCAGCUAACCAACCAAGAACCCCCCCAAGCAGGACUAGAUCCUAAAAAAGACAAACCACCACCUGAUAUAUCACCACUACUCCUACUCACUAGCUAUCUUUACUGCAACAUCUCCCUGUCCCUCUCUCCCGCGAACACCCCCAAGUGUCCUCCUCCCUCUCCUCCUCCUGCUUAGAAAAAUCACCAUCCGGGCGGGCAUCGCACCCUACUCUUGCCGCAUCUCUCUUCGCACAUCCUCUCUCUCACCCAUUCUCCUCGGAACUCUCCGCUCUCUUUUUUUUUUUCCUUUCUCCCGUACCGCAAACGCCAUGUCGUCCCUGUCGCUACUUCGAAUUGCCUCGCGAGGCCCCCCCAAGAACUUCUUCCGCGCCAACCGACCCGUCGCGCCCGCCCGAUCUAGCGCCUCCUUCAUCCCGGGCCUAGUCGCCGGCUCCAGCCUUAACUUCAGCACCUCGGUCGCCUGCAACUCCGCUGCCGCGCACCACGAAGAGACCUUCGAGGAGUUCACUGCCAGAUACGAGAGUGAAUUCGAAAAGGUGCAGGAUGUUUUCGAGCUUCAGCGCAACCUAAACAACGCCUUCGCCUACGACCUGGUACCGUCCCCCUCCGUCGUCGAGGCCGCCCUGCGCGCCGCCCGGAGAGUCAACGACUUCCCUACGGCCGUGCGCAUCUUCGAGGGCAUCAAGGCCAAGGUCGAGAACAAGGACCAGUACCGGCAGUACCUCGACGAGCUGAAGCCCCUGCGCGAGGAGCUCGGCGUCAUCCUGAAGGAGGACCUAUACCCCGAAGAAUCGAAAUAGAACGCCGUCACGCCACCCGUCCGGUCCGGGGCCGAUAGGAGGAAGAGGAACUCGUUCUUCGGGAGGUCGGGUGAGGGGCGGACGAAAACACUAGGCAACACGAAGAGACGACGCGUAAGAAGAGCGAGAGAGAGUGAGAGAGACACACAGAGAGAGAGAGAGAUGAAGAGAUGAAAGGGAGGAGAGAAAGAGAGAGAGGGGAUAGGAGAGGCCUUGGAUGUUCCGGCCAGGCGCAUAAGUCGACCAGGGAGAAGUGAGAGAGAGGACAGGAGAGGGGAGGAGAGGAACGGAAAGGAAAGACACCAAAACCAACCAAAAAAUCCAAGACGUCUGCAUCAUUGGGGAUAGAGGCGAGAUUUCGCGAUUGCUCCUGCUUUUGUUCUUGUUAUAAUCCUUGUCACGUAAAGCAUCUUGCCAAAAAAAUCAACCAUAUUUGAUUCUUCAUCAUCCUCUCUUUCUUCCUACCCCCCUCUUUCCUCG